GAAAGGACUUUGAACCGCUAACGGUUUCGUUUUCUUCUUAAUUGGCUCUUUACUGGGGUAAGGAGGCGGGACAUGGUCUGAGAAUGGUAGUUCUCAGUAAUGACAGAUAGAGGCAAGCUGGGCGUUUGUUAAUUGGCGGAAGCGUGAAUAGAGAGUAAGGGGGAAAGUCCUUCUUUCUCGGAAAGACUUUAGAACACCAAACAUCCAUCUCGACCCUCAUUUGGUGGGAUUCUGCAACGCAUGUGCAGAUGGAGGCCAGCCUGACGUGUGCGGUGUGUCUGUCGCUCUUCGAGGAUCCAGUCACGCUGCCGGCCUGCUCUCACAACUUCUGCCGCCAUUGCGUCGUCGAGUGUCUCAGUCAAGCUGCAAGCGUCGCAUUGCCCUCUUCCUCCGCACCGAGGCCCUCUCCUCGAAGCCGUGACUUACUGCAAGAGACCCCGGGCCGCCCGUCACGGGACGGAGGUUCGAUUAUUCUGUCAUGCCCGCUGUGCCGCAAGCUCUGCUCGCUUCCUUCCGACCGCGGGGCCUCUGCAUUACCUGUCAACACUACGCUAGCCGAGGUGGUGAAACUGUUCAGGGCUGCCAACCCGGCGAUGAAGCCUAGCCUGGAAGCGAUAGCGGAGGUGGACUCGUCAGUUGUGAUCCCUCAACUGGCUGCCCUGGGCGGGAUCUGCAAGAAACACCCGGGGCGACCUCUGCAGCUCUACUGCCGGAUGUGUCGCUCUGGAGGCUGCGGGCAGUGCGUGUCAGAAGACCACCGUGGCGUCUUCCAUUCAGUCAACCUCAUCGACACGGUGUACCAAGAGGAAAAACUAGCCUUCUUUAGUAACCUGAAGAAAAUAAGAGAAUUACAACUGAAAAUGAUGAAUGAAAUAUCAGUAUCUCCAAAGGAUGAAAAGGCCCUAAUGCAGAAUGAAGAGGAAUUGAUUAAAACUGAAUUUGAAAAACUCUGUAAUGCUUUGGAAGCCAGAAAGAAGGAAUUGCUUAAAAACCUUGAAAGCCAGAAGAAAAGAAAGGAGAAAGAGCAUCUUAUAUGGAAGAAUAUGAAAGAAGCUCAUCAAAAAACAAUUGAAAAUAUUCUAAUUGACUGUGAAAAUCUUUUAGAUGAAUGUGAUCCACAGCAUUUCUUAGAGGUUGCGUGCAAUUUGAACCAAAGAAUGAAGACUCAACUUGAGCUGAUUCAGAUGGCAUCUGGUCAUGAAGAUCAGCCAGAAUGCAAACAAAUACAGCUAGAUAUCAAAUCUAUAAUAAAGGAUAUUUCAGCCUUGACUCUUACUGAAGUUAGUUUGGAUAUGCCAAAAGCUGAUAUUCCUUCAGGAAAUAGUGAACCUUCUACAUCUGCAAAUCCUGAAGACAAAUGGGAAGAUAAAAUUGAACAAGAUAAUUUCCAUCCAGUACCAGGAAAAGAUGUUUUGGAAAAUGGUAAGAAUAUUCCAACUCAGUAUAUGUCAGUGUCAGCAACUGCUAAAUUUCAAAACAUGAGUCAUGAGGAGCUGCGUUUUAUACAUUACAUGAAACGUGAAGUACAUUCAGAUGAAUUACAUGCAGAGAAUUUACAUGAAAGAAAUACAUUGCCAAAAUUUUGCUUUUCAAAAAAGGUAAUUUCAGGAAAUGGCUUGUUUUGCCUAGGUGUUGAAGCACAUAAUCCGAAGAAACAAAAUACGCAAAUACUACAACAACAAAUUGCCAAUAAAUGUAGUUUAUCUAAUUCCCUUGGUUUUGCAUUCAAAACACAAAUCUCAAACUUCAAUUUUUGUGGCUCAGAUAGUAGUUUGAAUGUAUUAGAUCCAAAAGACACUCAAAAUGACACCAAGAAAACUAACCUGUUGGAAAAUACCAAUAGAUGUCUUAAGACAGAAAAAUAUUUGCCAACUCCUGUAGAAACCUAUCCUUCUAAAACCCUGUUCUCAUUUACUGCAUGCCCAAAUGUAUCUCAGACAGUCAUACAACCAAAAAAGACUUUAAAGCCAGUCUCAACAGAAGUUAUGGAGCAUUUUUCAAAUUUUGGUGCCAAUUUGAAAGAGUCAUCUACUUCAUCUUUCCAAAAACAAAAAUUAGUGUUGUCCAAUUUUUUUCUGGAAAAUCCUAAAAGCAAAGUUUGCAACCUGAGAAAUAUAAAUGAGAAAAUCUCUUCAUCCUUCCCUACAAAAAUUGCUGCUACUACUACUAGCACAGCCAUUAAUUUUAAUCCAAAUGUUGUUACUGGAAAACAUUUUUCCUCAGAUUUAUCUUCUGAAAGUAAUUGUUUUGAGAUAUCUAAACAGAACAUUUCAAAGCAGUCACCAAUAUCUAGAAGUUUCUUUUCAAAUAAUUGUACUUGGACAGGGAAUACUCCAUGUGUCAAAGAAGCUUCCAGAAAUAAUUAUGAGGCUUUGAUUUCUCCAACAGUGCCUUUCAAUAAAACUCAAUAUGCUUAUAAUAAAUCAGAAGUUAACUCCAAAGCUAAAACUGCAUUUGAAAAAAAACCUGUUUCAUCCAAAAAAAAUGGGCCUCUGCAUCAAAAACAAAAAGCUGUAUGUCAUUCGUUAUUUUGCAUGGGAACAUGUCUAAACUCUCAAAAUGAUAGUAUUCUUGUUUCUCAGCAAAAUUUAGUCUGUGAUUCAUAUGCAAGCAGUACUUCAGUUUCCACUGAUGAUACUGAAAUCAAUGUUUUAGAAAGUCAUCCAUUAGCUGUCCAAGAAUAUAGAUCUCCUUCAAUACUUAAUGAAACAAAUUGCACAGCAAAUUCAGAUCCUGAUGUUGAAGACAUAAAUCAAGUGUCCACUGCUAGUGAUCAAAGCACGCUAUCAGAAUAUUUUUCUGUUUCUGAAGAUAUAACGACCCAGCUGGAAACUGAGAAUGUGUAAACAGAAUGAAGCAGAAUGAAAUAUAAAAAUAGUUAUUAAUUUUCUUUCAGAGGA